CAGAGAGAGGCCGCAACUCGCGCCUUACGGAAACUUUGCGACGAAGGCUUACAUCAGAGACGUGCGUCACGGACUAUACGGUAAGUCGACGUGCAGGCGGAAAGUCCGAGCCUACCUGCUGCUGACGACGGCCGCACUUUCUCGAAGAAACGGCGACAGCCUCGGAAUUCGAGGCACGAUUUUCGGAUUGACCGUACAAGACGGACUAUACGUACGCGGUGGAUGCAUUUUUUUUUCUAGGGCUUUCCUGAAAAGUCAGUGUGUGACAGUGAGUGACUGAGAAAAUCGAGACCCAUCGAAGACGACCACGUGUCCCGGUGACGUCAAGAGCGAUACCCUCUGCGGAUACAAGGAUACCACUCUCUCGAAAAAGACUAAUUAGUGCGUUCGGCUGAGGACUACUGCGCCGCGGGACGCUGGACUCGCAAUUUCUCCGCGGACCUAUUCGUCCACCGGUAACAUCGCCUACAAGGGAUUCCAGUGGAUCGCUUUGGAAGAUUGUUUCAAGUAGGCCAAGCAGCCUCACUGGUGAACAGUCAUCACAAGCGGGGACUACGAACCCGUGACAAACAGAGAGGAGGCAUGCGCACUCGGCCGGAGGCGCGCAACUCGGCCUGAUCGCGUCCAUGCUGUGCCCCGUCCUGGCGGUGUCGUGGGCGCUGCUGGUGGCGGCGGUGCUUCCUCCCGCUUGCCGGGCCAGGGCCGUCACGGGAGGAGGCGACGACCCGGAGCGCGCCCGCGCCAUCGAACUAAUCAAGGGUCGCAUACUGGCAGACCUGGGACUGUCCAGCGCGCCCACCGGCCACGGCCGCGCGGCCUCCGACAGCCUGCACAUGGAGCACAUGAUGCGAGUCUACCGGCGCAGCCUCCACCGGCCGCCGGAGGAAGGAGGACGGAGGCGAGGCAGGAAGGGCCUCGCCCGAGGAGCCGCCAAGGAGGUCACGCACUACUACAGCUUUAAGAGCGAAGGGAGGGCGUUGCAGAUGGCCCGCAAGGGUCGGGCCUCGCUGCAGCACAUCCGCUUCCCCAUCCACAUCGCCAGCGGACGGCCGCGCGCCGCCAACGCCACGGCGCGCAGCUACAGCGUGCGCUACGCGCGGCUCCGGCUGCGCAUGAUGAGCCGGCGGCCGACGCUGGUGCGCAUCUACCAGCUGAUGGAGCCCGGUUGCGCUUCGUGUGAGCGGCGGCUCAUCAACAUCCGGCGACUGUCCCGCAAGGGCCGCCACCGGAUGGACGUCGCCGAAGCGGUCCAGUCCUGGAUCGACCGGCCCGACUCGAACCACGGCCUGGACAUCGAGUGCAAGCCGGCGUGCCGGCUGUCGCGCGACUCCGCGCUGGACGUGGAAGUAGCCGAGGUUCUGAACCGGUCGCACCGCAGCUACCGCAACGGGCCCGCGGGCGUGCUGCUGCAGCACCACCGCGCCAUCGACUGCUCGCACGGGCCGGACAACCAGACGGACCUGUGCUGCCGCCACUCGCUCAAGGUGUCGUUCGCCGAGAUCGGCUGGCACUGGGUGGCCGAGCCCAAGGAGUUCGACGCUUACAUGUGCAAGGGACGCUGCCCCAACGACAACCGAAACUUCAACAGCACGCACGCGCUCGUGCAGAGCCUGAUGAGCGAGCGCGCCGACGUGCCGAGCCCGUGCUGCGCGCCCAAGUCGCUUAAGGGACUGAGCCUGUUGUACCAGGACGGGCCCGACUCGGACCUCUAUACCGUGGCUACGCAGCAGGGCAUGGUGGUCGAGGAAUGCGCCUGCCUCUAGAGCGGGACGACCCGCCCACUCCGCGGGGCGCGAACCAAAGAUUACUGUGUGCGUGAAGCCACGGGAUAUAUUUACAUCUGGGCAAGAACGCGGCGGGCCCUGGGCGCGACGGCGUGCGAUGCCCCAGAAAGCUUAUGGGCGCAUUCCAGAUGCGCCAGUCAUCUGUAGGCUUAACUUCUAAGAGUGACGGACGUGCUUAAUUUUUGGAACUGCACAUAUGCGAGCAGACUGGACACCACAUAAGAUACGGACAAGAAGUAUCUGUUGUCCGUCUGUCUUCUUUGUGGUGUCCCUUCUGCACCAGACACGUGCUGACAGCCAGAAGAUGCGCUAGUUCUUGUUAGGCUUAGCUUCUAAGAGAGACAAACGUACUUAAUUUUGGAGCUAUACAUACGCGAGCACAUUGGACACCACAGAGGAUACAGACAAGAGGCAACUGUUGCCCGUCUGUCUUCUUUGUAGGGUGUCCCUCCUGAGCACACAUUUCCUUCUAAGAACUGACAAUUAGCAAAAUGUCGUGUCGUUUUCGAGUGCUUGUUUUAAAGGCAUAUAAAAUUACAAUGCAGGGGGAGUUAUACAUGUAACCUGCAAAAAAAAAAGCGCAACAUUGUUUCUGCUAUAUGGCUCUCAUGAGAGACAUAUAGCCGAUUGCACUGCGUUGCGAUCAUGUUCGGAGAUGGCGAUGUAAGUCGACUCCAGAAGGAGUCGAGAACUACCGCAUAACUUAGAGUAUUAUGAAAGGACAGUUGUCGGUCUUAUGUAAAGCGUAUGUUUGCCGGUCAGCCUCAGCCUCGCUACCAAGGUUCGCCUCGCUUUGCCAAAGAACAACCUUGUUGUCGUCAUUGUCGUUCUCAGUGUGUACAAUCGAAGGACUAUAAAGAAAAAUCCAGCAACCUAACGAAGAGAUAAGCAAAUGUCAGCGCACCAGGGUACGGUGUCAUGUUCCUUCCGAGGCUAAUUUCCUCUCAAAGCCUCUUAGUUUCUUCCUCAAACCUUUUUUUUUUUCUAGUUGCGCGCGUCGCGCGGCCGUCCUUCUAGUGUUCAAAAUGACCUGUGAUAAAGCGCCGUCCGCCUGGGACGUCGCGACGGGACGUUAGGACGCGCGCGACAUUUUUUUUUUUUAGGCAACGGAUUCGCCUUGGUGAAGUGGGGCCUCCGUUCCUAGACACUGCGUGCUUGGGCGUUGUACAAUUUCUCGCGAAUGCUGCAUGCCUUGCUCAGUGGAAGCGCAACGUUGUAAAGGUAUACGGCAACGUAAAACCCCUCAGUCAUCGUGUUUUCAUCGACGUUCACGACCCCCUUUCUCGUCCCACGUCAACUCGCACAAGACUCUGUUUUGCCAGCUCAACGCAGUGGGGCGCGAGCGCUCAUGGCUCUAGACUAAUCGGGAGAGAGAAGUGAUGACGUACAUCCACACUGUGCCUCACCGCUCUGUCUCGUGUCGUCAUCUGUCAACGUCGUGCUGUGCUUGCACGUGGAAAACCACCAGCGACGUCUUGUGUCGAAGCUGCUUUUAUUAUUAUUUUUUUUUGUUACAAGUUUGCAGGCACUGCUUGAAGACCUCUUAAUUGUGGAACUACAUUCUCGUGUACAAACUGCCCUGUGUAAAGCCGCCCUGUGUACACAGGGCAGAUUUUCUCGCGCUAAAUAUUUAUUGUGCCACUGCGCUGACCUCGCUAGACGGAGUAAUGUGCACAGUGCGGUUUGGGCGUUCAUGUUAUUGCGUAGUGGCAUCAUGAGCGAAGUCAACGAGAUGACACCCCACGCGAAGAUACCAGAAAUGAAAGUGUAUUGGACCAUGGAGGCACUUUGUGCCCCGUCUUCUCAAUGUGUUAUAUAAAGUAUGCGAGAAAAAAAAAAGUGGUUUAUGUUGUUUCCCCGAAGACUGUGUGUACCAAUAAAAUAAACCUCAAGCAUGUUAAGCAUGUGUUGACUGACAUUUAUGAAGAUGCGAAAGUAGCACAUAUUUUGAUAGUGAGGAAGCAGGAAAUUUGACAGCACAGCAUAGAUAUAGC